AUGCCCGAGCCAGUAGGACUCAUCGCGGGUACUAUUUGCAUCGCCACUUUUGCUUAUAAGAGCACGAAAUCACUCGUAGAGUUCAUCGACUCUCUGAAAGAUGCCCCGAAGCUUAUCUCAGACGUCAAAGGAGAUGUGAAAGCGACGCAGAAUAUCAUACAGUCAAUCGAGUCCAUGCUACAAAACCGCGACGCGGACAACAUCUCGGGAGACCUCCACGCCUGCCUUGUGUCGUCUCAGCUCCCGCUGAAAGACUGCCAAUCAGUCAGCGAAGAUUUCGAAGCGAAGUUGAGAGACUGGUUUAACGACUCCAAGUGGGAUCGCCUCAAAGCAAAUUUCAAGGAGACUAAGAUUGCAAAGUUCAGGACGAGGCUGAAGGAUACCCGGGAUACCUUGGACCUGGCAUUGAAUGUCUGCUUGAUAAAAUUCGACGGCGUUCGGGCAGAUCAAGCAAAGAAAUUCGAGGCCGAUAUGGACGAGCGGAUGCGUACUAUUUCCGGGAAGCUUCAAGGGCUGGAGAUAGGCAGACAAGAAAUACUCGAUGCCGCUGAAUACCUCAGUGAACAAAACCACCAGCUCUCCUUCCAGCAAGGCGAGCUUGCGCGCCGUCUCUUGUCCCAUGAGCGAGUACUUGGAGUGGCUCAAAAGCUUUACACCGCUGGCCUGUCCGAAACUGCGAGGAAAACGGGGAGUACGGUGAAGCUAGCGAAAGCGGUGGAUGAGGCCAAGCAGGUGGUAAUGAUGGUCGGGGAGGGGUUCUCGGGAGAUGUCGAGAUAGGAGAAAUGUUAACGCAGGGUAAGGCCAAGUCAGUUGGCGUGACUGACAACCCUGAAUUCGCGCUAAAGUUUCUGCUCGGGUAAACCUGGUGGUAGAGUUGAAGAUCUGGCAUACGAAUACAUCGCAUUCCUUCUG